AUGAUGAGUCGUCUUCCGCACUUCUGCAGUGACUCGGACUUCCACCGCGACGAGGAAAGCUCGCAGAGCAUGUCGCAGGUGCGAGCCAGGCCUGCCAUCCGUCUCGACACAUCACUUUCCUUCAUCAGUACGACAAGCAUUCGGGCAGGCACCGCGAGCGGGCCAGCCAGCCCGCUGCUUGGCGCACUCGGCGGCGACAGUAUCAAUGACAUCUGCAUCAGCGGUGCCGCUGUCUCCUCCCCGACGCCGUUUCACACGCGCGAUGUCAAUGUAGAGGCGUCUGGGCAGCACUCUCUCCAGUUACUCAAGGCGAGCCACAGCCGCGCGGUGUCGGACUCGCGCUCUGCUCACUCGUCCUCGCGGCCCUACUCGCAGCAGCAGCAGCAGCCGUCGCAGUCCCGACAUCACCCCCUCUCUCUCUCUCUUUCGUCGUGCUCUCCGUCGGUGAGGAGGGACUACGACGUUCACAGUCAGCCUCGACGCGGAGGACAAGCGCGCUGUCUCGCGUCUGAGGUGGACGGCGAUAAGCUGGAGGUCCUGGAGUCGGAGGCCACAGUGAUGACACGACCCUCAGAUCCGAGGCCAUACCGCACUGACGCAGACGGUGAGCCUGGGGUGUGCAGCCAGCGUGUGAUGAGCUCGACGGUGUCGCCGGCGCCUCGCCAUGCUGUAACGCUGCCCAGCGACUUCGGAGAUGGGCUGAGCAUGCCAGUCAGCGAGGGUGCAGAGCAGUAUGACGAGGAGGCGUCGCGGGGCCGGGGCAGCAAGUGUGCCGCGCGUGCGGAUGGCCGUGGGAUGCUGAACCUCGACCACGACGCACAAGAGGACCACAAUGAGGACGAUGCAAAGAACAUGUCAAGCGCCACACCACCGCCGCGGCGCGCUUUCGUGCUCUCUCGCCGGUACAGCAGUACGGACGUGGAGAGCGACGCGCGCGUUGACGACGCGCAGGCACCGCGGUCUGCUGCCGAAGAGGCGGAGCGGUGCACGCCGACACGAAUGCCGCACGUGGAUUUCGCCGCGGAUGCGCCACGCGGGAGCACCAUCCUCGUCAUGUACAACGGAGACGAGGACGAGGGAUCCGCUUUUGAGGAUGGUGAAUUAACCGCCGCAGUGAUUGCACGCGCGAAUGCGCAUCCGCCCGCUGUCGCUCAUGCGCCGCUUCUCGAGGGGCCCGCGGUGCCCCUGACGCUACCAGACGGCCUUCUUGUCCCGGACGUCGUCGUGGGGGAGGCAGAAACGGGUGUGCAGCACCGCGGCCCGCUUACUCCCCACCGUGCAGCUGCGGCUGAGAGAGAGUCGGCGAGCAGUCACAGUCGAAGUCUGAGCAGUGCAGGCAGCAGCAGUAUGAUGAGCCCGUUUCCCCGACCUGUGCCGCACGUGACGCAACCUACAGCGAUAUCGAAGAGGUCGUCGCCGGUACAUGUGCGAGAGGCCGUGUACGCGGUCUGUGACGAUGCCGGAAGCGCGACAGAGCAGCAGCCGCAGCAGCGGGCUGGCACGAAGAUGACUCUGGCGAACACGACCACCGCAACCGCCGCGACUGCCGCCAGCACUCAGUCUGCGAGCAGCACCCAGGAGUCCGGGCUGCAAGCGACGCCGACGAUACCAGCGCAGCUGGACGCAGCAGCGGCUCUCCCGACUGCUGCAGACGGCGGUCCGGCGAGUGUGACGCCUCUCAACUCCUUUAUGGCGCUCAACAGCAUCGCCGGCCCGUCGUUGUCGGCGACGACCACGGCGAUGAGUUCGCUGUGGCUUGUCAGCGGCUCGACGCCUACCCCGCUCCGCCGACUCCGUGACCGCGACAGGGAGGUGUCUGCAACGCUACCCACGCAAGAGGGAGAGGCAGAGGAGACGAGCAAGGGCAGUGACACCGCCCAAGCUCAGACAGAGCGUGCGCUAAAGCUGGCGGACGACGCCAGCGCCUCAGCAAUGACGGCACCAGAAGCGGGAGUCGCAUUGCACGGGAGCGCCCAUCCGUGCUCCGCUCCCGCUGACGCUUCUAUAGAAGCGGAGCAGCUGACUGCCCCAGCAGAGGACGCGCAUCACCACUGCAGCUCCUCCGCUCCCCGACACACCGCUGCACACUCCGCCAUGGGCCCCGCAGUCUCAGCGCCGUCCUUUUCACCGGAGCCUGCGCGCCCACAAACUGAGGCGGGCUGCCUGUCAUCGCCGGCUCUCGCAGCCAACACUGCCGCCUCUGCCUCCGUCCAGCUGAACCUCCUCUCGGCUAAAGACGACGCGGUGACGCCUGGCGACCUGCAGCUACUGCCUGCCCCUGAGGCGGCGAACACGCCGCAUCGGUACAGCACUGCGACACCCCCACCUUUCGCCACCGCCGGUACGCUCUGCAGGCCCUCGGAGACGGCGCCGUCGAUGUCCUCGCCGCCUUCGACCGAGUCGGCGCGUGUCAGCGAGGAGGUGAGGGAGCUGGUGAGGCGCGCGCAAGCCGAGGUGUGCCGGACACGGGAGAGUCUUCUCUCUGCCUUGCGGGACCACCGCGCCAGCUUCCACUUGUCGGAGACGUCGCCGACUGCCAAGAAUACGCUCUCGGCCACCGCACCGACGCCUGUUGCGCAGUUGACGGCGACGGUGUCGACCACCGCGUGCGCGUCGCGGAGUGUCUCACUCACGCUGACGCGCAGUCUCCCACUCUCCACUGUCACCGUGGCGGCAGCGGAGCUGUCUACGCCGCCAUCGGCUGCGCUGAAAACCGCCCCUGGGCCUACUACGCGUACGUCGGGGGAGUGGCGAUCUGCCGCUACUGCCCUGCGGCCACAUCUGAAUGCCGCUGCGGACGCCAUCCUGCGACGCCUGCAGGGCUACGACGCGAGGGAUCACGGUGUCCUGCCCAUGGAGACGGUCGUUCGUGUCACGUACUUUGUCAUUACGCGACGGCAGAUGCCACCCGCGACUUGGUCGCUUCGAACGGCAGAGGGCACCUUGGCUGCCACGCCGAUGCGGGCCUCCAUGGUCGCGUCGGGUGGUGGUGCGGCGACUCGCUCCGAUAAUGCGCGCCUUCUGUCCCACGAUGUUGAGGGUCGCCGUGCGGUGCUGCUAUCGGGGACGCCGCUUGGCCGUCAGCUGAGGAGCAGCGAGGCCGGUGAGCCUCAUCACCGAGUCACAACAGCGUCACACAAGCUCUUCGAGACACCGCGCCAGCAGCGCCUCUCCCUCAAUACACACGACACGACGGCGCGUGUCGGGGGGAGCGGCUCGCCCUUCCUGUCCUCGCACCUGAUCGGUAUAACACGGCCUCGAAGGUGCAGCAAGUCGGACGCAGAUGCGGAUGACGAGGUCAAGACAGCGAAGCCGGAGUGCAGCGGCCGCCCGGCAACGUGCAUCUCCCCCAGCCGCACGCUAGAGCAUGUUAUGAUGCUGCAGCACCGCCGCUCCGAGGAAGAGCUGUACCUGCAGUUCUACUUCACCGUGCUGGAGGCGUUCAAGCAAGUGUUUGGCGAGCGGUACGCUUGGCGCCACCUAGGGGCCACCAAUGCCAGCCGCCACGACUGCGCCAUCAACGUUGCCCAGCCGCCGCAGAAGCGGCGAAGGACAAGUAGUGCGGCGCCGCCAGAAUGCAGUGAUCUCCGCGGUCACGCGCACGUGACCGCAACAGAGGCGGAUGCGGAGCAGACUCAGCUGGAGGUGGUGAACGAGUUUAACAACGUGACAGGGCCGCUGGAGACGCUCUUUCCACGACUUCGCCAGCAGUACGCGCUCCUUCAGCGGGAGAGACGCGGCGACGCUGCUGCGGCACCGAAUUCGAUCGUGGCGAGCACAGGCGAUUCACUGACGGUCCCCAGGACAACUUCUGAGUCCGUGCACACGGAGGCGGCUGCGGCUGCAAUGGGCCUCGCCCACCGCCCUCCUCCGCUGGAUGUCCUUGUGUACUACCGCAAGUUUAUAGAAAGCCUAAAGGAGCUCUAA